AUUAUAAAAGAAUUCACGAAUUAGAAACCCAAUUAACAGAAAUGACAAAGAAUAGAGAUGAAUGGAAAAAAAACACGGAAGAUAUAACAAAAAAUAGAGAUGAAUGGAAGCAAAAUUCAGAAAAGUGGGAGAAUCAAGCAAAAGAAUAUGAAAAACAUAAAGAAGAAACUGAAAACAAAAUAAACGAAAUCUUAUCUUCUCACCUUAAUAUUACCGAAAUAGAAAAUUUGACAACAAUCGAAAAACUAGAUACUAUUUUAAACACUAUCAAACAAGAAGUUAAAGAAUGCUUGAAAUUGCUGGAAAUACUAUUCCAAACUGGUGAUAGUUUGAUGUCGAUGCUCAAAAAAUUAGUAAAAUUCUGUGAAGAAGUAGGAAUAACUGGUCCUGUUCAAGAAAUUUUAUUAAGAUGCUUAAAAAAAUUAGACCCUAAAACUCAGAUAAAUGAUCCUAAAUCUUUUAAUGGAAACCCUGGAUAUAGAAGUAUGGACAUUCUAGUAAAAACAUGUUAUGAAAAAGGUUGGGUAAUAGAUUCUGAUCCUGAAUUUAUUGGUAAAAAAUUUGAACCCGAUCCUGAACUUUCCUUUGUUAGGAAAUUAAUGAGAUGCCAUUAUUAUAUGAAAUGCUUAAAAUUAUUAGACUUUCAAACUUCUGAUUUUAAUCCUAAAUACGAUUACAUCGAUGAAUUAACAAAAGCGUGUUAUGAUUAUAGACCAACUAAAAAUAAUCCUAAAUAUAAAGACAGAAACUAUCGUCAUAAACGUAAUAUUAGCUUUAUAAAAAAAAUAAAUAGAUGUUAUUUCUAUUUGAUCAAUGAAGACCAUAAACUAAAAAAUGUUGAAACCAAAAUUGAUGAUUUAAUCACAAUAUCCAAACCAAAUCAACAAAAAUUAUGGAAAUGCUUAAAAUCAUUGAUGCCUCAAACUUCUGAUUUUAAUCCUAAAUAUGAUUACAUCGAUGACUUAACAAAAGCAUGUUAUGACUAUGGACCAACUAAAAAUGAUCCUAAAUAUAAAGACAGGAACUAUCGUCAUAAACGAAAAGGUGUCGAAACAAUGAUUGAUGAAUUGGUAAAAGAAAUUUUAAAUAGCUUAAAAGCGCUUAAAGAAGAAAAUGAACGCUUGAAAAAACAAAUAAAUGAUAAAAACAACGAAAAUAAUACAUUAAACCAACAGUUAGAAAACUGUAAAAAAGAAAAAGAUCCUUUGAAAAAUACUAACGACAAAUUAAAAAAAGAACUAGAAGAUUGUGAUAAAGAAAAAAAAACCUUGAAAGAUAAAAAUAAGAAUCUCGAAAACGAAAAUAACAACCUAAAAGACGAAUUAAAAAAAUGUAAAAAAAAAGAACAAACCGAAACGGCUCUCAGAGAAAAAAAUAAAGAACUGAAAGAACUAUUGGAUAAAAGUGAACAAGAAAAAGAACUUUUAAAAAAAGAAAAUGAAACGUUAAAACUGGGGUUAGAAAAUUGUGACAAAUUUUACACGGUAUUAGAUAAAAAAGCGAAUAUUAUAUUGGAUAACUUUAUUGUACAAUAUGAAACAACAAGCGAUUUAGAUUCUAAAAUUGAUAAAAUUAGCAUAGUUAGUUUAGAAAUUAAAAAUAUUCAUUAA